GAGAAAUAAGAAUAUGACAUUCUGACACUUCACAAAGUACCUAGUUGUGCCUCCAAAAAUUUUUUCCGAAGUGGUAAACAUUCUUGAAAAAUAAGAACCAGUACUAUUUUGAAUAAAUACAUAUGAAAAAACGGGAUUUUUCCAAUCUCCGUAAAUGUUUGGUGUUGUUAGAACAAGGAGUUAAUUACAUAGGUUGAAUACAAAUUCUAGUCGGAUAGUUUGGAUAAGUGAAUGAAAUGAACAUUUUCCAUAGGACAUUUCGUUAUGUGAAUAAGUUGUGAAUUAAAAUAUGAGUGAACGUAGGUUUGCAAGGGGUCUAAAUAAACCAGGCACAGCUGCUCAACUUAGGGAAACCGUAUCUCAAGUCGUCAGGGAAAGCACAGUGCAGAUCAAGCCUCAACUGGUGGAACCAUUAGAUUUCGAGAAUUUUCUCUUGAAGAACAAAACCGUACUGCAGAAUGACCCGCAGCGUGAACUGCUUAUAUACCCCCCAGAUGACAUAUCGCAAGUUGCUUUGCAACGACGUUACAGAACUUUAACGUCUAGCAUUCCAUCAAGAAGUGAGGUAGAAAACUGCAACCUCUUUACCAGGGAAUGUGUUAACACCUACUUAUCCAACUGGAACUUGAUCCAUUAUAAGUAUAAUGCAUACUCAGGAACAUAUAUAGAUCUUCCCAAACAACCGAAUAGUAAACUUACGGAAGAACUGUAUGAAGUAGAUAUAGACACUGAUGCCGUUGACUCUGAGAAGCAGAGCUUGGACACCGUUACCAAGGAGGGUUAUCUGAUGAAAGGACCAGAAAUAGGUUCUGAGAAGCAUUUUGUUAAUUUAGGUUCGAAAAGUUUCAAACGAAGAUAUUGUUAUUUGAAGCAAGAAGUAGAUGGUACUUACAUUUUGGUAUUGUAUAAAGAUGAAAAAAAAGUAGACGCUAAAAUUACAAUUGUAAUGGAUUUUUGCACAGAUGUGAUAAAAAACUCAAAGAGAGGUAGAUACUGUUUUGAAUUGAGGAUGACUUCGGGACAUAAGUCUUAUUUGUUAGCUGCUGAAUCAGAAGAGGAUUUCAAAGAUUGGCUCAGCAAACUAAGUUCCAUUUUACAUCAUAAUAAAUUACAAGAUGAAAAGAGAGCAGCAUCAUUAGAGAGAGAUCGUAAAUCUCCUCCAUCAUCCCCACAAGUUCCCAUAUUUGGCACUCUGAAAGGGUUAGAACAAAGCAUGAAUCCUCAGCUCAUCAAAUAUGCCAGAGAAACAGAUAUGAGUAUAGCAUUUGCACGUAAAGAAAACAGGGAAAAAUUAUUUCCACUUUAUCCUCAGUUGGCGAUCAACUUGAGACAGACAAAUUCUAGUCAAAAUUCGAUAGAGCCAUAUAAAGAAAUUUUUGGCUAUAGAGUACUCUUUAAGUGUGAAAAUAUAAAAUUCAAACUACAAGCGGUGGACGAGAAAAACAAUUUGAAUCAAGUGGAGCCGUAUCACACAUUCCUAUGUUUGUUCGAUACCAGAAGCGGCAGGAAAUUGACAGAGAAUUUUCACUUCGACAUUAACAGCGGAAUGAUAAGAAGUAUGCUAACAAGAGGAAAGACAGAAAAUGAUUCUGAAUUGAUGCCUAAUGAAGUUUCGUUUGAGUGGAUUGCCCAUCCGCAACAAGCAUUGCUGAGUGUAACAAAUCCUCAUCCUGACAUUUUCUUGGUUGUGAGAAUUGAAAAAGUUCUCCAAGGGGGUAUAUACCAAAGUUCAGAGCCAUACGUUAAAGCAAGUAAAGACCCAAAAAUUAGUCUUAAAACAUAUAAGAAUAUAGCGGCAUCAUGUCAAAGGUUGGGAAGCUAUAGGAUGCCCUUCGCUUGGACCGCUAGACCUUUAUUUAGGUUAUAUAGUAAUGAAUUAGAUACAACUUCAGAUUUCCACGCCAUAUAUCGUCAAGAACCAAAUAAAUUGCAUGAUGAAGAGUUACUAAAAAUUUUAGGGGAGUAUAGAAAACCAGAUAAGUUCAAUAAAUUCACGGUGAUACCGGGAAGUCUUCAAAUUUCAAUUUCAACCAUAACGGAGCAACCUCAAAAUUCUCUGACAACCUCUUUAUCACCUUUAAAACCGUUUCCAAUACCACCCGUGUCUGAACCUAUAAUUGAAGUGACAGAAUUUGGAGGUACCUCUGAGAAAGAGGUUCACCCUUAUUCCUCCUUUAUAAAUCAUUUAUACGUAUAUCCAAUAACUUUGAAUUUUGAUACUCAGAAGACUUUCACAAGAGCACGAAAUAUUGCAUGCAUAGUUGAGUUACGAGAUUCAGAUAGUGAAACCGCCACAGGACUGAAGUGCAUAUAUGGACGUCCUGGACAAUCGCUUCUAGUAUCUUCUGCUUCUUGUUCAGUUAUUCAUCAUAAUACAACGCCAUUUUGGUAUGAAGAGGUGAAGAUUCGGUUACCAAUCAAAGUGCUUCCUUCCCAUCACUUAUUAUUUACAUUUUACCACGUUUCCUGUGAUAUAACCAAAAAAAGAGAGAAUGGUAUUGAACAUUGUAUAGGAUAUGCAUGGAUUCAUAUUUUACAUAAAGGAAAGAUAAAUGUCGAUCUGCAAAAUAUUCCAGUCGCUGCACAUUUACCUGCUGGUUAUUUGUCAAUCCACCCGUUUGGUUUAGGUAAAGGGAAUGCCGGACCUGAUAUAAACUGGGUGGACAAUCAAAAACCAAUAUUCUCUGUUAGUUUAAGUUUAAUAUCAACAGUCAUGACAAAGGAUCAACACCUCUUUAACUUCUUUGCGCUGGCAGAAAAAUUGAUAGAUCCCAAACCUUCUGCAUUACCAUCUGACAAUGAAAGUACUAAAAUUCUCAAAGCUCUUCAUGCUAUUCAACUGAGUACCUUGAUUGCAUUCUUCCCUACUAUACUCAACCAAUUAUUUUAUUUAUUAGUUUAUACUGGAAACGAAGAAAUAAGUUUAAACGUUAUUAGAGUGUUGAUUAACUUAGUUCAUAUGAUUUACGAAGCUAAACGGACCGAUAUACUCAGUAUUUAUGUGAAAUACGUGUUUGUUAAUCCUGUUUUGAGUAAAAACGGAAAUAUACAUGAAGAGUUGUGCAAACAUCUUCCAGUUAUUCUAGAUCCUGGUAAUACAGACUUCUUGGUUGUGAACAAGUUUAUGCAUCAUUCGAGUUUCUUCUUCGAUAUUAUUAUCAAAGGAAUGGCACAACAUCUACUGGCGUCUGGAAGAAUCAAGAUGCAUCGACAUGAACGAUUUUCAACAGAAUAUUUACAAAGAAUUGAAGCCUUAGUGAAUGUGGUGAUGCCUUAUAUUCUUUGUAACUACCAAGAUAAAGAAAUAGAAACUAGGGAGCUUAACAAGAGUCUGGCGAACUUUUUGAAGAGAUGCAUCUCACUCGUAGACCGUGGCUUUGUUUUUAAGCUUAUUAACAUAUACAUGGACAAAUAUAAUCCUGGUGAUUCUAGGAUUCUUCAAGAGUUCAAAUUUAGCUUUUUAGAAAUAAUCUGCAGUCAUGAGCAUUAUGUAGCCUUCAAUUUACCUAUUCAACACACAAAACUAAGUCCAAAAAAUUGCCGUUCACCAUCUCUUCUACAAGAAUAUACCUUAUCGGAAGAAUUCUGCAAGCAUCAUUUCAUAGUUGGCCUUCUUCUACAAGAAAUAAAAACAUCACUGAACGAAAUGAUGAAUAUUCGAAAAAUAGCGUUGACAACCCUUAGAGAUCUUUUGGCCAAGCACGAAAUAGAUGAUAGAUUCGAAAGCAGAGGACAGAUGAACAGAAUCGCUCUUAUUUAUGCUCCCUGGUUGAGCAUUGUACUUGAGAACCUUCCUCGUGUUGAUACAACGGAGAGAACCGAAGAUGGGAAUACUAGUGUUGUUAAUAGAAUGUCAUCCAGUGGCUCGUUUCUGUUCGCCAAAAGUUCAGUUGCUAGUGAAUCUACUCCUAAAAGUCGCCACAGGUUUACGCUGCAUGUCGACAAGAACAGUCCGAUGCACUUCAGGAAUUCCGCUUUUUAUGAUGCUAUCGCUGGACAAACUCUAAUUAAUGGUCAUUCGUUAAGUAUUGAUUCAGAUAUAUCAACAAUGUCAGAUUCCCCAUCAGCAAUGUCCCAAGAAACAACAAUAGUUAAAGAAAGUACUAGAAAUGGAGACAUGAAAUCCCAUAUGAGGUCAACAUCGACUCAUGUUCACAGAUAUGAUAAACUUCAAUCAACAGAAGUGAAAGAUUUACUCCUUAUGUUCCUCUUUGUGGUGAAAUAUUUAAGCGAAGAACAACUUACCGCUUGGUGGCAACAGUCCACAGAGAGUGAGGUUGUAAGUUUUUUCACGACUUUAGAGAUGAGUUUGAAUUUCUUCAAGUAUGUGGGAAAGAGGAAUAUCACUAUUGUUAAAUCUCAGUCAAUGGAUAAUGUUAAGAGCAAGACAACGAAAGCAUAUACUCUUCCGGCUCGGAUGAACCCUUCUGACAUGAAUCAUGAGAAUACUAGUACUUUGGUUAUUCACACUGUAAAUAGGGAAAAUUUAACGAAUUCAGAAGAUGAGGUUCUCAAACAACAGCAGGCAAUCUUAGAGCAACACUUAGCUACAGAAGUCGGUAUGAUUACUUUGGAUUGUAUGGGACUGUACUCAAUGAAUUUUAAGAAGAGUUUGAUGGAUUCAAAUGGAGAUAAUGAAUUAAUGAGAAAAUUUUUCGAUUUAUAUUUGACAUUCUUACAACUUGGUCAGAGUGAAAACUUAUUCAAGCAUGUUUUUGCGGCAUUGAGAGCUUUUGUCAAUAACUACUCCAGUGUGUUAUUUCAAGGUAAUGCAACUUUGUGCGGUAGACUGUGCUACGAGCUCCUGAAGUGUUGCAACAGUAGACUUGCUUGUAUUCGCCAGGAGUCUUGUGCCAUCUUGUACCUACUGAUGAGAAGUAAUUUCGAGUUUACUGGUAGAAAGGGCCUGACGAGAGUCCAUUUACAGUUGAUAAUUUCUGUAUCGCAAAUGUUAGGGAACAUCAUUGGUCUGAACAAUGCAAGAUUUCAAGAAAGUUUGUCGUUGAUAAACAGCUAUGCUAGCAGUGACAAAGCCAUGAAGGGAACAGGAUUUCCAGGUGAAGUUAAAGAUUUGACUAAACGUAUAAGAACUGUCCUGAUGGCUACAGUGCAAAUGAAGGAUUUACAUCAUGAUCCAGAAAUGCUUGUUGACUUACAACACAGUUUGGCCAAUUCAUAUGCUUCCACUCCUGAAUUAAGACACACUUGGUUGGAUAACAUGAUAAAAAAUCAUGUUAGAGAUGGCAACUUCUCAGAGGCAGCAUGUUGUCAGUUACACAUUACAGCAUUGAUGGCAGAGUACUUAAAACUGAAAAAGGUACAAACGUGGGGUGCUGAAGCAUUUAACAAAAUAUCAAGCAACAUCUCUAAAGAUGAAAAAGGCUUAAAAUUAGACUCAGGUGUUCAAGAUAUUCAAUAUACUGAGUUUAUAUUAUUAGAGCAAUUAGAAGCAUGUGUAGAAUUCAUCAACAAGGCAGAGAGAUACGAAAUCAUGGGGGAACUUUACAAACUAAUAUUGCCUAUGUAUGAGAAGCGAAGAAACUACGAACAGUUGAAGAAUGCUCAUUCAAAUCUUGCCCAGAAUUAUGAGAAAAUAAUAGAGACCAAUAGGUCUUGUAAACGAUUACUAGGAAGGUAUUACAGAGUCGUAUUUUUCGGUCAAGCUUUCUUUGAAGAAGAUAGUGCCAAGGAAUUUAUAUACAAAGAACCCAAAGUAACUUCUUUGAGUGAAAUUUCAGAACGUCUGCAGAAACAGUUUUCUGAUAAAUUUGGUACUGAAAACGUAAAAAUGAUACAGGACUCUGCACCAGUAAAUCAAGAUGAGUUGGAUCCAAAACUGGCAUAUAUUCAAGUAACACAUGUCACACCAUACUUUGAAAAAGAGCAAUUAGAAGAACGACAGACUGAAUUUGAACAAAACCAUGACAUCAAUUGUUUUAUGUUUGAGACACCAUUCACAAAAGAUGGCAAAGCAAGAGGAACUCCCGAAGAGCAGUGGAAAAGAAGGACAAUAUUAGAAACUGAAUAUUCCUUUCCUUAUGUUAAAAAGAGGAUACGUGCAAAUACGAAGAGAUAUAUUGAACUCAGUCCUAUAGAAGUAGCAAUAGAUGAGAUGCAAACCAGAGUGGCAGAACUUGAAGAAGUGGUGUUCACAGGGCCAACCGAUGCCAAAAAACUGCAGUUACGUUUGCAGGGCAGUGUCUGUGUUCAAGUUAACGCUGGACCAUUGGCUUAUGCCUCAGUAUUUCUAAGUACAAAUUCUUCGUCCUUGUAUCCAGAAGAUAAGGUGGAAGAACUUAAGGAUGUCUAUCGAGAAUUCCUAAAAAUUUGCUACUCAGCACUGCAGAUCAACAGUAAACUCAUCACAGCAGAGCAGCAUACCUACCAAGAACUCUUACAGGAUAAUUACAAACAAUUAUGUUCCUCACUUUCGGAGCUUUUUAAAGAACCCUUAUGGCCUCACGAUGACACAGGAAGUUUUAAGAGGAACAGUAUGGCACUUUUUAGUGCUAUAAGUGGCGCCUCUCAAAAUUCUAGUACAGCAUAAGACAGGUGUACGAAAGUUGAAAAACGAUUGGAAAUUUCUUGCCAUAAGUAUGGAAGGUAUUCUGUUUGCAACAUAUUGAUUAUCAUUUGAUCGAAUUGAGAUUUUUAAAUUAUUUCAUUGAAAUAAAAAAUUGUCCUCUUCCUUUAAAUCUGAUCAAAAUCCAACCAAAGAAUGUCUGCAUAUUAAAGUUAGAGUACAAAAUAUUAUAUAAUUGUACUGCAUACUGCAAAAAAAAUUAAUCUUCAAAAAUGUCCCUUUAUGUAUAUGUUAUCCCUCCCAUUAUUGAAAGAAAUUAUUUUAAAACAUAACCUCUGAAAUCCAACUCUUCACAAUGAUGUUCAUGUGAAGCAUUCAAGAUAUAAUUUUAAUAAGGAUUAGGUAGGUUUGAAAACUCAACUAUUUUGUGAAAAUGUAUCUUUUAUCUAUGAAUAUAUUCAUUUGAAAAUUCAGAUGCCAUUUUAUGUUUUUGGAUAUCUAUAUCCUAAAUUAGUUUUCAGUUAGUUGAAUUAUGCCAUUUUAUGUAUUACAUAUGUUCGAAUUUUAUUAUUGUUAAACGUAUACCGAACUAUUGGGUCAAUAGUAUGUGUCGAUAAACAUCACCCUUGAAUAGCAGUCAUAAAAAACAUUGUUAGAAGUUAGUAUUUGAUAUUAUAUUUCUACUUUUAUAUAAAUCCAUCAAUUUAACAUUUGCCAUUAAUAUAGGACCGUUUCCCUAAAGAAGAAACACUUGAGGUGAAUUUGCAUGUCCCAAUACUUUCAUAUUACUGUCUUUCUAUGCGAAUUGAAUAUUAUGAAUAACAUCCGAUUUGAACUGUCAGUCCCUUCAGUCAUUUCAGAAUAACUGAAAAAGGGUUAUGGUUAACGUUCUGUGGAACAAUCUGUUGUGUAAUUAUAAAUGUAUAUCUCUGUCUACAUCUACUUCCUAAAUAAGCUAUACUGCUACAUUAUUAGAAACUAUUUGACAUUUUGUGAAAAAACGAUUUUUAUAUUUCAUUUUAAUGAUUUGAUAUUACUAUACAGGGUUGAAGUUAUUUAGAGGGCCACUACAGGCAUAUCGAAAACCGUUAGAAAGACAGGAUGGCUUAAAUUACGAAAAAGUUGCGUUAAUUAAGGAUGAGUGUGUUGGUGUGAACAGAUCCGAAAUAUCUCCAUUGGUUCCCGAGAUAUCUCGAAAAAACUGAAAAUCGAGAUUUUCUUCUUUCUGUAUAACUCAUUUGUUUCUAGAGAUAACUUCGAAAUUUGGUUUAUAGCCAUCAUCCAAUAUAGAGAUACUAUAGGUGUCUUCAGAUUUGUUCUGUUUUCCAUUUUUUCAGAGACGCGAUAGUCAAGUACUGAUUUCACAUAACAACUCUUCAAAUUUGCGUACCUAGAUUCGAUAUUUUUAGAGUCUGAUACAUUGUUGAAUUCGUAAUUUUUUUUAUUUAUAACUUCAUGAGGAAAACAUAAAAAAAAAAUUGACUAUCACGUUUCUGAAAUAAUGGUGAACCGAAAAAAUCUGACGACACUAUUAGAAUCUCUAUAUUGGAUAACGACUAUAAACCGAAUUUCAUGAAGUUUCCAGAAACAAAUGAGUUAGUUAUACAGAAAAAAGAAAAUCUUGAUUUUCAGUUUUAUCGAGAUAUUUCAGGAACCAUUGGAGAUAUAUUGGAUCUGUUUAACACCAACACACGUAUCCCUAAAUAACACAACUUUUUUGUAAUUUAAGCCAACCUGUAUCUCAAACUGUUUUCGAAAUCGCUGUAGUGCCCCUCUAAAUAGUUCUAACCACAAUAAUAAUAUAUAACAAUAUACAGAUAUUAUUAUUGUGUAACAAGACAAUAGAAAUUUAUAUUUUUAGCUUAUUCAAAUCAGAAUGAAGGUUUUAUUGCUUGCAUUCCAGUGGCUUGGAACCUCUUUCAUUUUAUUUGUUCAUUAUUUCAACUGAGUUAAUUUUUUCAUUCCUCUUUAUUGCUAUGUGAUUUAAAUUGUUUAUUUUUUACUGUUAGUUGGAAAGAUAAGCAUUAUUGUUGAAAUAAAUGUUUGUUGAGUGGG